AUGGUGGAUAGGGGGCCGUAUAGUCCGAAAUGGAAGUUCACACAAUGUUUUGGCGAUAAAGGAGAUGUGGAAAAAAAAACUGAAGCUCUAGCGGAUAUAAUAUCAACAGUUCAGUUUGAUCAUACCGGAAAUUACUUGGCAACUGGUGAUAGAGGUGGACGCGUUGUGUUAUUUGAAAAAAAUGAAUCAAAAAGAACAUGCGAGUACAGAUUUCAUACUGAAUUCCAAUCCCACGAGCCCGAGUUUGAUUACCUAAAAUCACUUGAGAUAGAGGAAAAGAUAAACAGGAUUGAAUGGUGCAAAAGACAAAAUGCAUCCCAUUUUCUCCUAUCAACGAAUGAUAAGACAAUCAAGCUCUGGAAGGUAUUCGAAAAAUCUCUCAAGGUUGUUGCUGAAAACAAUUUAUCUCAUCACCUGGUGUAUGGGGGUGUUCCUGGAGCCAGUGUUUUUCGUUCAUUCUAUAAUGUGCAUUUUUCUGGUCCACAAGAUCUCAAGCUACCACGUCUUACGUAUCACGAUACGGUUGUAGCUGCAGUACCCCGAAGAACCUAUGCAAACGCACACGGAUACCAUGUAAACAGCAUAUCAGUUAACAGUGACGGAGAAACAUAUAUAAGUAGCGAUGACCUAAGGAUAAAUUUGUGGAACUUGAACAUUCAGGAUCAGAGCUUCAAUAUCGUUGAUAUAAAACCAGCCAACAUGGAAGAGCUAACAGAAGUUAUAACGUCUUCUCAAUUCCACCCUCAGAGCUGUAACUGGUUUAUGUUCGCUAGCUCUAAAGGUGUAGUUAAACUAGCAGAUAUGAGAGAGAGUGCUCUUUGUGACCGGCACUCUAAGCAAUUCGACUUUGAAGAAGAUCCAGCUACCCGAUCAUUCUUUUCUGAAAUAAUUACUUCUAUAUCCGAUGUCCGCUUUUCACACGAUGGUCGAUACAUUUUAUCUCGAGAUUAUCUCACGGUCAAAAUCUGGGACGUGAAUAUGGAAAGGCAACCUAUCAAGACCAUACCAAUACAUGAGCAUCUUCGGCCAAGACUCUGCGAUACCUACGAGAACGACAGCAUAUUUGAUAAAUUCGAAGUUGUUUUUUCAGGCGACGACAAGAAUGUUAUGACAGGUAGUUACGAUAAUAACUUUAUGAUCUAUCCCACUGAUCCAGAGAAAAAAGUCGAGACAGUCCUUCACGCAGAUAAAUCUGCGUUCAAAGCUAAGAAAGUUGGUAAACCAACAACUAACAACCCUACCUCGAAUGCAAUGAUUAUGAAUGGCGGCAGAAGGGGUGGAACAAGAGGUGAUGUUUUGGCAGGCGGAAAUGGUGGUAGAAUGAAAAAAGAAACAGACCCGGAGCAGAUUGAUUUCAGUAAAAAAAUACUACACAUGAGCUGGCAUCCGUUUGAAGAUAGCAUCGCUAUCGCUGCCACAAAUAAUCUUUUUGUUUUCUCGGCGUUAUAA